AUGGUGGUAUGUGUGGAGUGUUCGGUUCCCCUCUCGUCGACAUGUCGGCGCUUCCCACCUCACUUCCAAAACAUUCGCCUGACGCGAUGUGCCGCGUGCGGCAAGACCGCUGACAAGUACGUCGAGUACGAGGUCCUCCUGAUUUUCAUCGACUUGCUGCUUCACAAACCGCAGGCGUACCGCCACCUCAUCUUCAACCGCCUGCCGUACGCGGAGACCGGCGUCCCUCCCUCCGUGCGCAAUUUCGCCGUCGUCUGCAUCCUCUUUGACACCUACACGCGCUGGUUCCUCCUGCACGCGAGCUUGGCUGGAGUGUACUUCCAGCACGCCAAAGAACGGACUGCUGCCCAGGACGACGCCUCCCGCGGAGAGCGGCCGCCACCCCGAGGCGUGGGACCGACUUCUGGUGAGAAACCGUGGUCUCUGGCUGCAGAGGAGCUACCAGACCCAGCAGCGGCUCAACGCCAGGUCGUGUUCCGUCGCAGCUCUCAGGAGGCCGGGCGGCCGUGUUUGCCUGCCGAGCGGGAUACCGCCCGCGUUUCCUGCCAAGAACUGAGUCUCGGGGAUCCGGGGCGCGAAGGCCACGCAGGACCCGCGGCGUCCUUCGCGGUACGGUCGGGGAAAGGCGAGCAGGCCGAGGGCGAAGCUCUCUGGCGGACCUCGUCGCUCUCUGUGUUUACCGGAGCUCUUUCUCCGCUGGACUACGAAACGGGAGACAGCGUCUCGGUGGGACGUGGACGUCGCCGCUGGAGGCGCAGCUUUGCCUCUGAAAACGUGUCCGGGUCUGUGGACGCCGAGCCGUCCAGCGCGUCGCCGGACCUUUCGCGCCGGACCCGACGCAGAAAGAGGCGCCCGUUCUGGUGCUCGCCCUUUUAUCUCGGCGUCGGGGUCGCGACCUUUGUCGCCUUCAGUCUCUUUUCGUCCGGGAGAGACCGCUCCCGGCUCUGCUCGCUCGCUCCACUCCACUUGCUCCGGACGUCAGACGCGCUGUCCGCGCGUGCACAGCGGCCGCUGCCGUCAGAGUGGCAUGUGCUGCCUCCGGGGGCUCUCGCGCCCCCCGCCGAGAGGCGCGUCGGCCUUCACACAGAGAAAUCGCUUUUAGCGGGAGGCGGGAGGCGCGCGCCUUCUGUAGAGGCGAUCGCUGCCCCGCACGUCUUGUUUGCCGCUCCUCCAGCGGCCUCCCUUUGCCUGGGCGACGACAGCCGAAACAUGCCUCUCUGCCCGCCAGCCCUGCAGUGGGACAGCGAAGCUGAGAGCACAACCCCCUCGCUGCCCCGCGAGCGCAGCCCAGGAAGCGACGGUCCCGUGUCGCAGGCCGACGUGCAUGCAGACGUGCUGCGGUGGCUGCUGCAAAGCAGCCCCUUGGCUGCCUGGGAUCUUCAGGUCUUCAUCAUCGCGCAGUGCACGCUGGACUUCUUCGUCUAUCUCUUUUCUGCGAUUGUUUUCACCUGGCUCUUCGUUCGGUGGCACUACGGCUCACACGUCUACCGCGGGUGGGAGGACGCCGCGCGCAGGGCCGAAGGCGGGCGGCCUGGACGGCGGGUCUCGGGUGGCUCUCGAGACUGGAAGGCGAGCGCUCGAAAAGGGGCGCGGAACGGCGGCGCGCGCUCCUGCCUCUGCGCCGUGGACGCGUUCGCAAGGCCCUUGUGGGUUGCUCUGCUCAACACCAUCGAGGCCUCAGCCCCGUGGGUGCAUGCGCUGUGUGUUGGAACGGGAACGGCCGACGACGGGGAGCAGAGGCUCGUGGGCCGCUGGUGGACCCGCGCUGCUUCCAGUGCGGCGCCGGGCGCCUUUGCGACGGCUUCCGGACGCGACAGCCAGACGGCUGGCCAGGAAAAAGACCCGCAGUGGCACAUCGAUGCGCGUUCGUCCGCGCGAGAGUCACAGAAGCUGCAUGCGGCGCGAGAGAAAAAGACGAAAGACGCGGUGUCGUACGUACUAAGAGACGGGCACGCCGAGCGCGAGGAGGCGUUCGGAAGCGCCGCGCCGGGGCGAGUUCGCCUUUUGGAAGAAGCCGCGCAGGCAUCCGACGGGAAAACGCACGCUUCAGACGGAGCGGCCGCGACCGCCGACGGCCGGCGCGCGCUGCGCGUGACGUUUAUUGCGCGCGGAAGAGGCGUGAAGGCCGGGCGAGUGGCGCGAGAGGUUCACGACAGAGCCGUGAUUGUGAAGUACAACUAUCUCGCGGCCGCCCUGAUUGUGUCCAUGUUUGGGAAAAUGGCGACGUUGUUGAUGAUGGCGUGGGAAGAGAACCUCCAUCUCCAGUAUUUCGUCUCCUUCUUCACACUCUCCUCAAACGUCGUCGCCGUGAGCGUCUUCUUGAACGGCGCCCACCCCGUCGCGUCGUGUCUCAUCGUCUUAGGCGCAGUGGGGGCGAAGGCGCUCGCGCGUCUCGCGCAGAUCCUGCUUUUGCCGCCUCUUAAGUUUCCUGCCUUUGGCAUUCUCACGCCCAGUCUCUACGGCGGGGCUCUGACCCAUCAGAGCUCCCUCGCGCUCCUCUCUCGAGACGCUCAGUGGGCGAUGUCGUUUGUGCUCGACCUCGUCACGUAG